AGGCUUGUACCAUCAGCCACACCGACCCCAACAAGUACUACGACAAGGAACUCAAACUUGCCAAGUCGCUGGCCCUGGUCCUCUUCCUGUUCGCCAUCAGCUGGCUUCCCCUCCACAUCAUCAACUGCAUCACGUUGUUCUGUCCAACCUGCGACAAACCCCUGUUCCUGAUCUACAUCGCCAUCUUGCUCACGCACGGCAACUCAGCCGUCAACCCCAUCGUCUACGCCUUCCGCAUCAAGAAGUUUCGCGACGCUUUUCUGAAGAUCUGGAAGCAGUACUUCUGUUGUAAGGACGUACCCGCCAUUUUGAACCAGCCUAGUGAGAAGGAUCGUAAGGAGAAGGAGAACCAGAAUGGGAACGGGAAUCCUAAUCCGAUCGGGGACUCACCGCCAGCUCCUUCGCCAUCACAAGAAGGGCAGCAGCUUCCACUAGAGCAGAUGGUUAAGCAGCAGCUGCCACAGUCUCACGAUGAUGCCGACCCUCGGCAGAAACCGCCGAUGGAGCACAACAAUAUCUAACUUUCCCCGGAAGAAAGGGAGUUUCUACAUUGACGUGUUCAGAAAUCUUUGAGUUCCUAUGUUUUUGGAGAUGACUAGAGGUUGUUUGACAGGAGUCAGAGGCAUCCCGAUAGUAGUCGUUCCCGAAUGUGAGGCAACCAAUGGAGAAGGAGUGUGGAAAAACAUUUCAUCAGUUUACUUUUUUGUACCUUGCACCUGCACCUGGAUGUGACUGGAUGUUUGUGUAUACUACUUUGAAAGGAGUGUGACAUGGUACCUACUGAAUUGAAGGAUUCUGGAGCAGUGUUGGGCGACUUGCAGCUUAAGGAUCCUUCUUACAGACUGUGAAAUCAAAUUUUAACAU